ACAGGCGCUCGCGCCGCGCGUCGAGGGCCCUGCUCCGAGGCAGCCGCCGGGCCGUCCGCUUCUGCCUGCCGGAGCGGUGCCUCGCCGCCCGCGGGCCCCAGCCUGGCACGCCGAGGCUGAUCGCGGCCUUGGCGGGCGAGGCCCUGUCCCACGCCGCCCACGGCCUCCUGCGCCUCCCGGCCGCGCUGGGCGCGGGAACCCUGGCGGAGGCCAGCGUGCUCUACGCGACCCUGGGGCUGCCGGCGCGGAGGGGCCCCUGCGCCCUGACCCGCGUGGGGCUCACCGCGCCGGCCUCGGGCCCUGCCGCGUCCACGCGGGCGCCCGCGCGGCAGCCUCUGCGCCCAGAGGUGGUCGGCACGGCCGGGAUCCUGCAGCCUAUCGAGGUCGUGCCGAGCGUGCGCGACUACGUCGGCGGCGCCGCGUUGCGCGCGCCGCUGUCCUGCCGCCUGCGGCUCCGCGGGGGGGCCGCGGCGGCGGGCGGGGCCCCGCAGGCGGUGCUGCGGCUCACCUCGG